AUGACUGACCUUCCUUCCAUUCUGUUUGCCGCUCUGGUCGUCCAGGCGCCGUACCUGUUGAAACGUGCCUUUGAAGCCCCCAAUCCAGACCCGAACCACGCCCAGAAAGCCGACCCUAUCGCCAACCCAAAGUUCAUCAUUUUCCUAAAUCUGUACAGCUACGCUUUGGGCGGCAUUGGCCUGAUCCAUGGCCUUUUUUCCCUGUCUCCAUCUGCAGAAGGCUUCUGUCCUUCCCCGUCUGCAUUGGAUCCUGAUCUGUUUUCAUGGACUCUACCCACGGCACUUCUCCUCCUCACCUGUCUCUUCGGGGGCUAUCUACGCCUACUCGCAUAUUCGCAACUCCGCGGCAAUUUCACAUUUCGACUUGCUCGCCCAUCAGAACUCGUCCAGGAUGGAAUCUAUGCAUGGAUCCAGCACCCAUCCUACACAGGUGCGGUUCUCCUCAUAGCUUGCUACUGCGGGCUUUUUCUACGCCCGGGCGGUGUCUUGGGCUGCUGGCUGGGCAGUGCUUCGUUGAAUAUUCUUGUCUACGGCAAUUGGAUCUUCUUGGCGAUGGCAAUGGUCCUGACUUACCCACCGCGCAUAUCGAGGGAGGAAAAGAUGCUGCAUGAUACCUUUGGCAAGGUGUGGGAGGACUACCAUCGAAGGACGGCCAGAUUUAUUCCUCUGGUAGUAUAGAUUGGGGGUUUCAGGUAUGUCGUCAUGCUUUUCAAUAUGCACAAUCAGUAGACUGACAAACUGCUUUGUUAUCACUACCAUAUUUCACUCUAUGGUACGAGACUCUUAGGGAGGUUUGUGGAUUUCAUAUGAUGAAUCUGUUCGCAUUUGGCUUUGAUUGGGGUAUCAUAGGUCUUGUAUUUAUUAUCAUACAAAUAAAUCUUAAAAACAAGAGUAAACAUGGAUAGUCUCCAUGUUGGAUGUGCAUGUUAUAGCCCGCAGAUUUGUGUUAUGCACACCUUAUGCACGGAAGGUCUGGGGCAUACCAC